AUGAUUAUUAGAAACACCGUGCCCCCGCCGCGCCACGUGGAGCCCUCACCGCUGCGUCCACGAACUGCGAACGCCGUGCUCUACCCUCCGGAGGACCUUUCCCAAGUCGCGUCGCAACUGCUGCGGCUGAUCGUACCGGAGCGUACCGGACAGAACGCUGCGGCCCGUGCAGAGCCUCCGGCCAGGAGUUCACCGACCUUUUGCGUCCUUGCUUGCGCUAUGCCGGCCACGCGGUCCCAGCGCCGCUCAGGAGGGGGUGCCGUGGACGACCCGCCACCCUCUGUCACCACGGUUCCCAAGAAGCCGCCGAAAAAGCCAAAAAAAGCCGACCGCCGGCCAGAUUGA